UGGUGUAUACUCUCUCUCUCUCUCUCCUCUCUGACUUAGCCUAAGCCUCACCCGGGAGAGGAGCCUCUUUGCUCUGCUCUCGGAGCUGCUUUCUGUCACUUCCCCGCCCAUCUGUGCUGUCAGCAGCACCAGCAAAGUUGGCCUCAAACUUGAACAGAUCUGAAGGCUCCAUCCAGCUUCCCGAAGCUCCGCGGGGGCAUCAGGCCGGCUUCAGAGGCCCGGAGAAGCCGACCCCUGUCCUCGCUCCCCUGGGGCACGUUUCAGUCCCCCCAGCUGGUGGCCCCCAGUCUGGGCUGAGGAAUGGCAUGCUGAGCUCCCCCUGCAGUGAGCGUCGCAGCCUGAAGCUGGAGCAACCCCAGACCCAAGCCAACAUGGCCAACCCAGGGCAGCCUCAGUUUCCCUCAGCCCAGGAGCCAGGCACCGCCUCACCCCUGGACCUGCCGGAGAUGGAGAAGCUCCUCACGAAGGUGGAAGGCAAGGAUGACAAGCCCCUGAAGCUGUCCACGUCCCUCUCGGGAACCCUGGACCUGGAGCAAAACGGCCACGGCCUGCCCUUCAAGGUGGUAUCGGAGGGGUGCCCUGAAGCCACACUCCCCUGGUCGGCCUCUCGGGCCAGCUCUAGGCGGGCGUCCUCCAUUGCCACUGCCUCCUCUGCCCAAGACCAAGAGGUCCCCAAAGAUUACCUCAUCCUUGCCAUCGCCUCCUGCUUCUGCCCUGUGUGGCCUCUCAAUCUGAUUCCCCUCAUCUUUUCCAUCAUGUCCCGAAGUAGUGUGCAACAGGGGGACCUGGACGGCGCCCGGAGGCUGGGCCGCCUGGCCCGGCUGCUCAGUAUCACCUUCAUCAUCAUGGGGAUCAUUAUUAUCAUCGUGGCCGUGACUGUCAAUUUCACAGUGCAGAAGAAAUGAAACGGACCAGGGCGCUGCGCUGGCGGAGGCGGCCCUGGGCAGCCCGAGGUCUCCACGCUCCCACGCCCCCUCUCCCGCGGGAGGACAGGACAGGGACGUCCAUGCACUCCCAAAGCACCGACUUGGAGGGAAGCCCCCAGGCCUCCCCACUGUCAGCCCACCUCAGAUGCGAAAAAGCGCCAAGAAUGAUUAAUGGGGUUUAAUCUGGACACGGCCCUGUAUUUGGCCUCCGUGCUCCGGCUGGUUUCUCAUCCCCAUCGUCUCCCAGGAUCCACCGCGCCACAUACACUGCCUGCUGGAGGGGGAACCAGCCCCGCAGAGGAGACGGAGAUGAGAGGAACAGGACCAUGCAGGAGAGAAGCUGCACACUCCCCACCUGUCUGAGGACCCAGAGUCAAGAUGUGGGACUUGCUCUUUUGUACUUUUCUUUGGGGUGUGUGUGUAAAAAGAGUUAUUUGCAUGCCUCGUGCCACAUCCUUGCUGCGAUCCCAGCUCAGGGGCCCAGCUGCUGCUCCACAUCCAUCCUGGGACCCCCUUGGGCGCCCAAGAUGAGCAGUUGUCUGGACAGAGGUGUCAGCUACAUGCAUGACAGGUGGCGACACCAAGAGGUAGGCUGGUGAAGACAGGAUCAGGAACUGCAGGACACACAGACAUCUCCAGCUUUACAGUCUCAGGCUCAUCUCUGCUGAGAACUCCUGUCCCAUCAUGUCUCCCAGGAUGACCCAGUCUGCCUCUUGUUCCCUUGCUCCCUGUGCAGCCGCCUGGGGGCCCGAUCCCAGCCCCGCUCAGCCAGGAGAGGAGGAGCCUGGCUGAGCUCCCUUCCUGCCACAUCCUCUCUCAUGGUCCAGGCUGCACACAUGGGGCCCCAUGCGGCGUGGCUCAGGUGGGGCCUGGGCCCCGGCUCCCAGCCUAGCAGCACCUGACGCUCUCUGUGCCUUACUUACCCUGAGCCCCUGGCCAUCCACAAAGCACAAAGACUUUCUCUUGGGUGGGGGGAGAAGGUGGGGGACACCUCUAGGGGAAGGACGUCCCCAGAGCUCCCAGGCUGUAAACAGGGGAGUGGGCCAGAGGGUUUUUAUGAAGGUUUAUUAUUGAUUUGGUCUAGAGAGUUCUAAGACAGAGGGAAGAGUCUGGCUGAAGGGGCCAGUCUUUGGGGGAGUAGGAGGUCCUGGGCACAGGCAGGGGGCCACACCAUGGCCUCUGUCUCAGGACCUAAUGGGACACCUGAAAGGACUGAGCAGGGUCCUUUGACCUCCUGUCUGGUUUCUGGCCCCAGGAUUCUCCCGAGGCUUUGGCUGGCACAGGAUCUGCCCAUAGGGGCCCCUCCUAUGCCCACCUACCUCUCUGGCUUCAGCUCCCAGACUCUCAGAGAGGAAAGCUCCAGGCUUUCCUGCCCUGGGGGGCCCUGCCCAGAUCAUCGGGUUUCUCCAGCCGCAGUCAGAGGCUGGCAAAGACUGUUUCCCCGGCACCCAUUCAGGGCCCUGGAGCCUGCUCCCUGUCUCCCCGACACUCCUCGGAGACUCCUGGGAGGGAGUCCGUUAGCACAGAGGCACUGUCUACCAGGAGUCCCAAGGGUAGCUCUGAGCCUUCUAGGAGGGCCGUCGUGGCAGAGGAGGGGUGUAGGACCCAGGGGCCCUGGCAGGGUCCUUCUGGGGCCUGCGUUCCUACGUCAGUUCCCCACCUGGGGAGCAGACGCCAACCUCUCCAGACCCUAAGCGAGGGGCUGGCUUUGCUUGACAAGAUCUCUGAGGCCACAAUCGCAAUCCCCCUGUUGGGGGAGGGAAGAAGUGAGCCCAGAGGAUUUGUGUCACCUGCGAAGGCAGCUCAGGCCAGGAGGUGAGUCAUGAGGUCUACGGAAAUGGUGGCUCAUGAGUUGGUGGUCCUCUGGCCAGGCUCUGGGGGCCCCAGGCUCAGCACCGCAGGGAGAAGAAGGUGCUCAGAUGGAACGCAAAAGCUCUGAGGGUUGUGGAAGGAGCCUGAUCCCUCUGUCGGGAGGAGAACAAACCUGAGGACCAGGAACCCUGCAGAGAUCAGACUGGGAAGGUGGGUCCCUGACUCCCCUGCUGCCCACCUACAAGGAGCCUGGCACCCUGAGGCCUCACCCCUCUGCUCCCAGCUCCAUCGUGGGUCCCCCCCCCGGCUCCCUGAACCCUGCAGUCUUCCAGCUUGGGGCAGCCUCUCCCAUGUCCCAGAGGAAGCAGCGAGAACUACCCCCCACCGCCGCCCGGCACCACAGUCUCCACACUCUCCAGUCGGCUCCUCUGUAUUGCUCGGCAUGGAAAGAAAUAAA